GACCCUGGGCAAGUCACUUGACCCCCAUUGCCUAAAAAAAAAAAAAAAAAAAAAAAAAAGCAGGGGAACCUUAAAUGUGUUUAAAACUACAUUUUUGUUCCAUGAUUUUGUGGCAAGAAGAUUGACUUGCCCCCUUUAUUUAUAAAUUCAAAUAUAAAUGUAACUUCUUAAAUAUGAGUUCCUCUUGACUAGAAAAAGUAAUAUGCCUUUGACUGAAAUUGAAUUUCUUUAUUUUAGAAAGAAUAAAACCCCUGAAUGAGGAAAUUGAGUUAUGUGUCGUUAGUUAGCUUUCCUUAAAAAAGAAAAAGUGGAAUAGUUUCCAAGUUCUGUGGUAAAGGGUAAAUGUUUUUAGGCCUUUGAAUUUCAAGUAAAAAGAAUUAGGACCACAGAUGCCAGAAAUAAUUGUUUUAUUUCCUUUCCCCUACAUACACAUGUUUGACUUAACUUUCAUGAAUAAGGGUUUUUGGAAAAGUGGUUUAAAGCCACUUUUUCAUUAAUUUGGUUGUAACCAAUUUUUGUUCUUUCAGGAGAGGUUAUUGGAUCCAACUAUGGUGAAAAAUGUUUCGAAAAGGCAAAAAGCGACACAGUAGUAGCAGUUCCCAAAGUAGUGAAAUCAGUACUAAGAGCAAGUCUGUAGACUCUAGCCUUGGUGGACUUUCAAGAUCAAGUACUGUAGCCAGCCUAGAUACAGACUCUACCAAAAGCUCAGGGCAAAGCAACAGUAAUUCUGAUACCUGUGCAGAAUUUCGAAUAAAAUAUGUUGGUGCCAUUGAGAAACUAAAACUCAGUGAUGGGAAAAGUCUUGAAGGACCACUGGAUCUAAUAAACUACAUAGAUGUGGCACAGCAAGAUGGAAAGUUACCAUUUGUUCCUCUGGAAGAGGAGUUUAUUAUGGGAGUUUCUAAAUAUGGCAUUAAAGUGUCAACAUCAGAUCAAUAUGAUGUCUUACACAGACACGCUCUGUAUCUCAUCAUCCGCAUGGUGUGUUACGACGAUGGUCUAGGAGCAGGGAAAAGCUUGCUGGCGCUGAAGACCACAGACGCGAGCUCUGAAGAAUGCAGUCUGUGGGUGUAUCAGUGUAACAGUCUGGAACAAGCACAAGCUAUUUGCAAAGUUUUAGCCACAGCUUUUGACUCUGUAUUAACAUCUGAGAAAUCAUGAAUUCCUGCUAGCGGAGAAGAGAACUUCGUUCGUGUGACAGAACGUAACAGGAACCAUCAGGAACCCAGCAUUCCGGAGGAAACAGGAUGUGAAUUUUUUCUCCACUAAGGAAUAAAUCGUCCUUCCAGUUUUGUAAAGAAGAAAUAGCCAUUUAAAAAAGUGAUCAUUUAACCCUGCCUGGGUAAAAUUUUCCAAGCUUCCCAAAGCACUUCUAAAAACCAGUUCAGCAUUAUGACUGUUGCUGAAGUGAUUAUACAAAGAAGCCCGCAUGCUAGGUUUUGCCCACCAAUAAGCUUAGCACCAGAAAGUGUUGUGUGUAAAAACAUUUUAAUGUAUAAUAAACAUUGCAACCUA